UGCAGGACAAGGAGUCAGGUGCAUCUGGGUGUGGGUGGCAGGUGUAGGUUGACGAACCUGCGGAGCCCUCUCAGCCUCCCGCCAGCCAUGAGCGUCCAGUCCAGCGAGUCUGGUCAGGUGGACAUGGAGCAGUCCCCGUCCAGGCUGGCCACUGUGAUCCAGCAGCUGGAGGACACAGUGCUGAGCCCCACAGCCAGCAGGGAGGACCGGGCACUGACCAUACGUGGAGCUGGAACGGCCUCGCCCACCUCCAUGCCUGCUCACAUCCGGGAGAUCGUGGCCAGCAGCCUGGAUCAGGGACCACCAGGGGAGCCACCCGCCGCGGCCCCCGGGCAGGACACGGAGCUGCUGCAAGAUGAGCUGGCACGGCUGGAGGCACUGCUGGCCCAGGCGGGCACUGAGCGGGAGGAGCUGGCCGGGAGGUUCCAGGCAGCCAGCCAGCGGCAGCUGCGGGCCCGGGUGCAGAGCUCGGAGGCACGGCUGCGGAGAGCAGAGCUGGAACAUAACGCAGACCUGGAGGAGGCACUGGGCCGGCUGGAGACCUCGGAGCAGAGGAGCGCAGGGCUGGCACAGGUGAACAGGCUGCUGAGGGCCCAGCUGGAGCAGCUGCAGGCGGCCCAGGAUGCACUGACCCGGGAGCUGGCCAGGACGGCGGGCGGCGAGCUCCACCUGCAGGCCCAGCUGCAGCGGAAAGGGCAAGAGGCCCGGCGGGCACACCGCGGGGAGCCCCGGGACAUGUUCCGGCUGUGGAGGCAGGCGUCUGAGCUCCGCGCACAGCUGAAGGAGCUGCGGGAGGCCACCAACAGGGGCCUGGCCGACCUGCGGGGGGACGCGGCCCACACCGCCCGGCGCCUGCACGCGGCCUGCCUGGGCCUGGACACGCACCUGCGGCGGGCGGCGGGCGGCCUGGAGCAGCAGCUGCGGGACAAGGUGCAGGAGAUGCUAGAGCUACAGGGCCGCUGGGACGCCCAGAAGGUGGCUCUGCAGGCCAGGCUGACAGAACAGACACUGCUUGCGGAGAAGCUCAGGGAGGAGGCCUCUAGCAAGGACAGCACCAUCGCCGCGCUCAGGAGGGAGGCGCAGAAGCUGGAGGCCGGCGAAGGCCGGUGGGCAGUGGACAACUUGAAGGAUGAAGUGUCGAGGCUGCGGCUGCAGCUGGAGAGUAUCCAGCAGGUAGCCCAGGCGGACGUGGGGCUCCUGGAGCCAGCAUGGAGCUCUGGAGACCAGGAGGGGUGGGGGCACCCACAGAGCCCCCCAUGCUCGGUAUCCCCCCUCCGGGCCCCAGCGCUUCGGGCGGUGCAGGUGGCCAAGGAGAAGUGGCGUCAGCGGGAGCAGGAUCUGUGUCUGCAGCUGGAGGCGGCCCGGGCCGAGGCAGCCGAGCUCCGGGGGCAGCUGUGGGGGGACCAGCCGGCAACCAGGAGGCAGCAGCUGGACACAGAGGAGGCACCUGAGCAGGACAGCCAGCUGACAAGGAGUCAGGGCCACAUGGAGCAGCUGGAGGACAAGCUGGCAGCGGCCAGGGAGGCGCUGGCUGAGGCAUGGCUGCAGAGAGACAAGCUGCAGGGCGAGAGGGCCAGUCUGCAGGCCGCCCUGGCGCGGGCCGAGUCCAGCAAUGCGGACCUGGAGCUCCUGGUGUCCCGGCUGAAGUCAGAGGGGGUGGGGCAGAGGGACGCUUUGGCCAAGCUGGCAGGGCUGAUGGAGGGACUGGCCCAGGACAAGGGCGCCCUAGACCGCCAGGUCCUGCAGCUGGAGCAGGAGCGGGAGCGGCUGAGGGAGCGGCAGACGGCACUGGAGCAGGAGCAGGCCGCCACCAGGGAGCAGCUGGCGCAGGCAGAGCAGCAGCUGGAGCUGGCGGGGGCCGAGCGCAGGGGCCUCCAGCGGACUCGGGGUCACCUGGAGGAGCAGCUGCAGCGGCUGGAGGGUCAGGCCUCCCGGCUGCAGCGCGAGAAAACCCAGCUGCAGGAGCGUGUGGGCCAGGUCACGGGCGAGAGACAAGAGCUGGAGGCGCAGCUGGCCCGGUGCCUGCAGGACCAGGACGCACAGACAGACGCCCUGCAACAGGCCCUCAGGGGCAAGGACGCCAUGUCUGAGGAGCGGGUACACCUGCUGGCCAAGCUGGAAGCCUUGGAGCGGCAGAGCCAGCUCGCAGCCAAGGAGGCAGCCGAGCUCAGGGCCGAGAGGGACUCCCUGGAGAGCAGCCUCCUGGAGGCCCAACAGCUGGCGGUGCAGCUGCAGGAACAGAAGGAGCAGCUGGAGGGAGAGGCCCAGGAUGCACGGCUGGCCCGGCAGGCGCUGCGAGGUGCCACCUCCACCCCUGGCCUGCCCACCUCCACCUCUGCUCAGGUCACCCCCAGCCAUCACAAGGGUACCCCCUGGGCAGGAUGCCCCAGUCCCAACCCUGAGAAAGACCAGCAAAAGUUCAUCUGGCUGAAUCUGCCCUGCCACUCUGUGCCCCUCCCUGCCCUGCCCCUCCACGCCUUGCCUCUACCUGCUCACCCCUCACCCUCAUGCCCACAAACAGUUGAAGUGGAGCGUCUGCACAGUGGCUGGGAGGUGCAGGAGGCGGCGCUGCGCUGGGAUGUGGGGCAUCUGCGGCGGCGGCUGGAGCAGCAGGAGCAGGACUCACGGGUGGCCCUCGAGGUCCAGGCUCGGCUGCAGAGGGAGAAGGAUGCCCUGAGCCUGUCCCUGAGGGAGCAGGGUGAGGCUGCAGCCCUGCGUCUGCAGCAGCAGCGGGAGCUGGCGGCCCAGGGUGCGGCCCACAGCCAGGCUCUUCAGGAGGUGCUCGAGGGCCUGAAGCUGGAGCAGGAAGACCGCCUCCUCCAGCUGGAACGUGAGAUGCAGCAGGCGCUGUCCCUGAAGGAAGUGGAACAGAGCCUGCUGAGGGAGGAGUUGUCCAGGGCUCAGGCGGAGCUGAAGCAGGCCCAGCGGGAGGCCCAGAGCCAGCAGGAGCAAGAUGAGGCCACCCUCGAGGCCUCAGCGGCCGAGCUGAAGACCCUGCAGGCCCAGUUUGAGGACGUCAUCUCUGGCCAUGAGACAGAGGCCUCGGCCCUGAGGACACGGCUGCAGGAGGUGGCAGCAGAGAGGAGCAGCGCCCAGAGAGAGGCCGGGGGGCUGCGUGCUCAGUUGAACGAGGCCCGGGCAGAGCUACACAGCAGCAAGGAGCGUCGUGAGGGGCUGCACAGGGAGGUGCGGGAGGCCCGCCGGGCGCUGGACGCCGAGGCCCGUGAGAAAGCCCUGCUGCAGCGUGCCAACGCCCAGCUCCAGGCCGCCCUGAGCACGGCCGAGCAGGAGAAGGCCAGUUUCAGGUGUGCCAAGGAGGAGGCAGAGCAGAAGGUGCUGGUCCUAGAGGAGGCUCAGGCAGCCACCCAGAGGGAGGCCGAGGGGCUUCGGGCCGGGCUGCGGGAGACGGAACAGGCGCGGGGGGAAGCUGUCCAGGAACUGCGGGAGCUGCGAGCACAGGUGGCGCUGCUGGAAGCUGAGGCCCAGCAGCUGCGUGAGGAGCGGAGUCAGCUGCAGGCACAGGGGGCUCAGGACGCGCGGCAGCUGCGGCAGAGCCGGCAGGAGACACUGGAGCUGCAGGCACGGGCAGCCAAGGCCCAGGCCAGCCUGGACGCCGCCCAACAGGAGGUCAAGAGGCUGCAGUGUUCUCUGGCUGAGGCCCAGGCUGGACAGGACGCCCAGGAGCAGCGGCUGCAGGAGAGCCGGGAUGCAGAGCAGAGCCUAAGGGCGGAGCUGGACUCAGCAUCCAGGAAGCUGUGGGAGGCCCGAGGUGUGGUCAAAGGGCUCCAGGCCCAGCUAGAUGGGGCCUGCCACAGGGCGCUCGCCCUGGAACAGGAACUGACCCAGACCCAGGACGCCUGGCGGGACACAGAGGGCCAGCUCGGCCAGCUCUGGGCCACACUGCGGCAUGGCCUGAGGCAGCGGGCACAUGGCCCCGGGACAUCCCCAGCCAGAGACUCCCAGGUGCGCCCUGGGCGGCAGACUGCCAGCCCCACCAGGUCCCGCUCCCCACGCCGGUGGCCCUCACCUGUCUCUCAAGACCUCGGCCCACAGGUGGACGUGGAGGCAGCCGGGGAUGCCAUUCGGGACCUGAUGCAGACGCUGUGGGAGGCCCAGCGGGAGCGGGAUGACUGGCACUUCCAAGCCUCCCUCCUGCGCAGCCGGCUGGGUGAAGCAGAGGAUGAGCGGGCUCGGACCCAGAGCCGGGCAGGGCAGCUGCAGCUGGCGCUGGAAGAGGCUGAGGAAGGCCGGCGCCGGGCAGAGAGCAGAGAACAGGGAGCCCAGGAGGCAGGGGCCCUGAAGGAGGAGGCCCUGAGGAGGCUGGAGGCUGAGCACCUGGCUGGGGCCCGAGCAGCAGCCCAGGACCAGCGAAGGCUCCAGGGACAGCUGGACGCCCUGCGCCAGGCACUUCGUGAGAGCAGGCGACACAGCCAGGGCCUGGCUGAGCGCCGCAGGCAGCUGGAGCAGCAGGUCCGAGGCCUGGAGCACCGGAGCCGGGAGGCCGACGAGCCCCCUCGGCUGGCGGCCAGACAGAAGGAGCAGCCAGACCACAGUCGCCGAAUCCACGUGGGCCAGGCCUCCCGGGCCAGGAAGUGAGCAGCUGUGGACCACCAACCAGCCCAGCCCUGCCCAGCCCAGCCCUGUUUAGCUCUGCCCAGUCCUGUCCAGUUCAGCCCUGCUGUGCCUGCCCUGCCCUUCCCAGCCCUGCCAAGUCCGCCUUGCCCUGC